AAAACAGGUGCAACAGGUGACAAUGUUGAUGAAGCAGUAGACAACAGGGUAGCACUCUGAGAGGACACAAGCCAGAGCACAACAGUAGGAAACAACUGAGAAGUCUUGAAAAUAUUCAACAAACCAACAGAACAAACGAAUACGAGAAUAAAACACCCUUUUAAAGCUACAAGUGGAGCACAGAGGAUCACAAAGCAAUGACGUCCUAUGAAUCUCAAGGUCAGUCUCCGACAAGAUGUGGGCCUCAGUUUCCCAGUUUAGGACAAGAAGCUCCAGAACUGAAUCUCUACAACGACAGCUACUAUCCCCCUUCAUCACUGCCGAGUCCACAGCGAACAAACCCUUCUUCUUAUGAACUUGGAGACUAUGCUGCCUCUUCACCUAACCCUUACCUGUGGUUCAACAGCCCAGGGAUGAACAGCGCUCCCUAUCUCCCAGGUGGAACCCCUGGCCCUGUGGGACCCCCAUUCGUUCCCCAGCACUAUGGCAUGCAAAGGCCCUAUCUGGGUCCUGGGGGUUCGGGUGGUCCAGGUGGUGAUCUGGGCUGGUUCUCUAUGCCAUCUCAGGAGGAUCUUAUGAAGCUGGUUAGGCCACCUUAUUCAUACUCAGCUCUCAUUGCCAUGGCCAUACAUGGUGCGCCUGAACGUCGCCUGACUUUGAGUCAGAUUUAUCAGUAUGUUGCUGAUAAUUUCCCUUUUUAUAAUAAGAGCAAGGCGGGAUGGCAGAACUCUAUUCGUCACAAUCUUUCACUGAACGACUGUUUCAAAAAGGUUCCACGAGAUGAGGAUGAUCCUGGUAAAGGUAACUACUGGACCCUAGAUCCGAAUUGUGAAAAAAUGUUUGACAACGGCAACUUCAGGCGCAAGAGAAAAAGAAAGUCUGACAGUCUUCUUGAGAAGAGUGGCUCUGGGGGUAAUCUCAGCCCUGAGUCAGGAGACAGCAAUGGCAGGGGCAGCCCGAAAAAUCAAGCUGACAUUUCCAAUUCUCCCGAAAAGGGUCCUUCACCAGCAUCCACGGGUCCAUCCCCAUGCUUGAGCAACUUCCUGACUGAGAUGUCUGGUGUAGCGGCUGGGUCUUUGGAUAUUGAAGGAGAUCCCUUAAAUCGCCCAUUUUCCAUCGGUCUUCCUUUGGAUGGACCGCAGAGAUCUUCACAACCGACAUGUUUUGGCACCUACUCUCCCAGUUCUGCAAUGUCUGAGUGGGCUUCACCUCUGCCCCCGCCGCCUUCCAUCUCCCCAACAUCUUCCCACUCCACUUUAGGUUACAGCGGUCCUGCUCUCGGGCAAUAUAAUGGCCAUUUCUACCCCGGUUUGAGCUCGACCGGUAUUCUUUACUCACGGGAGGGCACAGAGGUGUAAAUGAGGAAAAAGGUGACAGCAAAAAUAGACUUUGAUUGAAUAAUCAAUCGACACCACAGAAUUUGAUGGCAAAAAUAAGGACAUUAAUGUUUUCAUGAAACUCUUUGUUUUCAAAAAUCUCCCGGUAAGUCCUGUGGGUGAAAGAAAGAAAUGAAUUCCCACAGGAAUGGCCUAGUCAGCAUGAGAUAUGGCUGGCUGACACUAUAAGGGCCCCUGCUACCAGCAGAUCUGAUAUGAGACCAUUUGCUGACAUCGAGACAUUCUGCACAGCUCUCUAAUGCUUACUAACUCAUGUUACCGAUACCAAAUUCAAAAUCCUGAAAUGAAAUCGAACUGACUAUUUCGGACAGAAACUCCAGUGAAACUGAAUGCAGUAAAGCAGAUUUUGAUUUGCUCGCAUUGUUACAUGACACUAUUGGUCUUUGUAUUGUCAAAAACAUUUCUGUAUUUUGUGUAUAGUUGUAAAGUUGAGAAUAUGUGAACGUUGGAGUGUAUUUUAUUGUGAGGGGAUAAAUGGCUUCUGUUUAUUUUAAAUAAAAUAUUUUUUAAAAGUG